CAGAGGAUAUUACAUAAAUUUGGAUUUAGGUGAAUUGAGAUGGAAAGAAUGGUGGCCCAAAUAAAAGUUGACGCAAAUCCGUUUUCAUGAGCAGUGCAACAUAUAAAACCUCCAUCAUCAUCACACCCACACGUCUCAGAAACUGUUACCACACUCCCAAAUCCCACUACGAUUUUCAUUUUCUCAACUUGAAAAGCAGAGAGAUACCAGAAACAGAUUGAAUCGUCCACAAUGACUGAGCAGAACAAAACGAGCAAGGGCAAGGAGCAGAAGAAGGAGGGAACAGAGAACAAGAAGAAAGAGAGCGCCGGCAAUGUCAGCGUCGUGCUCAAGGCCAACCUGCACUGCGAAGGCUGCGUUUCCAAGGUUUUGAAGUGCAUUCGCACUUUCGACGGUGUGGACACAGCUAAUAUCGGCGACGGACAGAUCACAGUCGUCGGAAAGAUAGAUCCGGCUAAGCUCCGGGAAAGGGUGGAGAAGAAGACUCACAAGAAGGUUGAAGUGGUUUCGCCGCAGACCAAAAAUGGAGAGAAAGCCGAGAAGAAAAAGGAACCGCCACAAGAAAAAAACACCACCAAUGCCGAAAAGUCCGACUACAAAGAGCCUCCGGUGACAACGGCGCAGCUGAAGGUGCACCUACACUGCGAGGGCUGCAUCCAGAAAAUUCGCAAAAUCAUAGUCAAGACCAAGGGUUACAGAGAUAUGCAGAUCGACAAGCAGAAGGAGAUGGUGACGGUCACCGGAGCCCUCGACAUGAAGGCGUUAGCCGAGGUACUGAAGAAGCAUUUAAAGAGGGAGGUACAAAUCGUGGCGGCUAAGAAGGAGACCGAGAAGAAAGAGAGCGAGAAUGGGAAAGGGGGCGCCGAGAAGGGAAACGGCGGACUCAAGGCGGAGAAGAUGGAAGGGAAUAACAAAAUGCACUUCCAAGUUGGGUAUCCUUACCCGGAUCCGUUCUACAACCCGUAUGCAUACGGAUCCACCCAUGCCCCACAGCUUUUUAGCGACGAGAACCCUAACGCUUGUAGUCUCAUGUGACUACAAUUUUUAUUUCUAUUGAAAUUCAGAUGCAUUAUAAAUU